UACCCACGAUCUAGCUUUCUCAUUUUAGUUCAAAAACUGAUCUCCUUUCGACAAGAUCACACUUCGAUUGCACCGUUCUAAAUCGACGAUUACACCAAAGAAGAAAGAUGAGUGAGUGUCGCCCAGCAUACAUUACCGAAGCAGAAGUUGAUAAACUAUUGACCUGGCCGGCGGUGUUCGAAGUAUGCGUACAAGCACUGCAAUCCGUGUGUGAGGAAAAAACCAGUGACUCACAACCAUCCUCAAUUCAACCAGCACGACCGUUCGCCAAUAUGAAGCGACGCAAUGGACUUGCAUUUUCAAUGCUGGGAUAUAUUGACAACUAUCGAAUAAAAUCCAUCGAUGCAGACAAAGCGAUGGAUUCUUUGGGUCACAAGUUGCUAACAGCGUUUCCAAACAACGUUAGCUUACCGAAACCUUUGCCGGUGAUCAUAGCAACGAUUUUUAUGCUCGACACUGAAACUGGUAGAAUGAAAACUAUUAUUGAGGCAAAUGGCAUAACCGGAUGGAGAACUGCCGGAUUGAGUAUGGCAUCAACGAAAUAUCUUUAUUUCGAUCGAAAUGAACAGCAUAAAGGCGACAAAGUUCUUGCCAUUCUCGGAUGUGGUAUUCAGGGACGAAUUCAUGCUAUUGGGUUCGGCACAAUGUUCGGAAUAAGCGAAAUUCAUUUGUGGAAUCGAUCCGUGUCCCGGGCCAGCAAUUUGAAGAAAGAAUUGGAUACAUUGACCGCAUCGUUUAAGAACAAAAAUUUGAAGAUUUUCGUCCAUGAAUCCGUUCACGAUUGCGUCAAAACGGCUGACAUCAUCGUCACUGCAACACAAUCGACGACUCCGGUACUGUUUGGAAACAUGCUAAAGGAAAACGUUCACAUCAAUGCUGUUGGCGCAUCAUUUGUUAAUCAUCAUUCCGAACUCGAUGCCACAGUCUACGAAAGCAGCAAACUUUACGUGGAUAGUUAUACUGGCGCUAAGACUGAACUGAAAGCGCUGAAUUGUCCCGUUGAAGCUGAAGUUGGGGAAAUCAUUAAUAAGAGUAAAGUGCUCACGAAACAUCCCCGCACUAUCUACCAUGCGUUGGGAAUGGCCGUGUCGGAUGUAGCUGUGGCACAGAUUGCCGAAACGCUUUAUCACAAAAAUAAGUAGAAGCGAAAAAAUGUCUGAAACUAUCUUUGGUGACUGAAAUGCUUUAAAUUUGUAGUAUCAUCAUUCGAGCGCAGCAUUUGAAAUAAAUUUAAUUUGGUUUCACGUUUA